GUUUCCCUCAAACCAUCUUCCUCUCGGACAAAGACAAAUAAUCACUAUGACAAAGAGCCGCUUCGCCUACGUGAUGGCCAUCUUGUUCAUCGGUUGGGUUGCAGGGACUGCAGAGUGUCGUCUCGAGGCUGGAAGCAAGGCCGAUCUGGAUUAUCAUACCAAGACAAGUACUGCUGGUGAUAUCAAUGAAAGCAAGCUAAAUGUGAAGUUUUGUCUCCGAAAGAAAUGUGGUUCACCUGAUUCACCAUUUGGAGUAGACUGCUACUGCUGCCUCAACAAGCCCGACGCCCCGUGUUUCGCCACAAGUGACGACUGCCAGAAAAAGUGUCCUACUUGCAAUCCCAGCUGCGCUCUUUCUGAUGUGAAGGAAUUUCAUCUGUGACCGAGUGCUAGCUUGUUUAAAUAAAGAUCUGUAUUGCAAAAGAAAAGUACUGAUAUGUUCUAUUUCUCUUAUAAGGCAUAAUUGUUUCGCGUU